AUGCACUGUCGCAACAAUCGGAGCCACUCAGGCUGCAACACCAGUGCCUCAGACUCUUAUCCGGACAGGGGAGGAUGUGGAUGCCAUAGUCUGGUUUCAUUGCUGCGGCUCUUGAAAGUCUCCACACUUCUGUGUCUCAGCCCUGUUCUUGCCUACGGAAAAGGGGAAAAUGGAAACUCGAACUUUGAUGUUUUCGAUUACAUCGACCCGUUUAUUGGCACAUCCGACGGAGGGCAUUCAUUCCCUGGUGCAACAUUGCCAUUUGGCAUGGUCAAAGCCGUAGCAGACACAGACGGAGCGAACCAAGGAGGCUUCGCGUCCGACGCAUCGUUCGUCACUGGCUUUUCACAUACACAUGAUUCCGGAACAGGUGGUCCCGGAUCGAUGGGAAACUUCCCUAUAUUCAUCCACCCCGCCUGUCCGGAUGAUAAUCUCACGAAAUGCAGUUGGCAAGAAUCAGAUAGAUCCGUUAGAUGGGACCGCGAAUCGACCAAAGCCCAGCCAGGGUUCUUUAGCAUCUCGUUGAACAACGGUGUCCAUGCGGAAAUGACCGUGACGAACCAUUCUGCUCUAUAUAGAUUCAGCUUUCCAGAGGCUGCUCCUGACUCCCUCAAUCCGGUUGUCCUAGUGGAUAUGGCUGACCUUCAUCAUUCACGACAUAACGGCACGACAUCGGUAGACCCACACACUGGUCGAUUUACUGGGAGUGCGACCUUCGAACCUAGCUACGGGGUUGGAACAUACAGAGUUCAUUUUUGUGCUGAUUUUCAUGGUCCUAGUAUUCGCGAUACUGGCAUUUGGCUGGAUGAUGAGGUCAGGCCGGGUAAAAACACAGUGUCACUCAACGCUAGUGGUUCAGGAGGAGCGUUUGCUCGAUUCACUCCACCUCAGGCGAAUGGCACGAUGGAUGUACGAGUUGGAAUCAGUUUUAUCAGUGCUACACAAGCCUGUUCCAAUGCGGAAAAGGAGCAGCCUAACUUUGACUUUGAAGAUACCGUGGCGAGAGCUAACGCUGCGUGGAAGGAGAAGAUGGGUGUCAUCAGUCUUGACACUUCUGGUGUUUCCACGGAGCUUCAAACUGUCUUUUGGAGUGGUAUAUAUCGUACCAUGAUCAGUCCACAGGACUAUACUGGGGAAAACCCAUUAUGGAAAAGUGACGAGCCUUAUUAUGAUAGUUUUUACUGUAUCUGGGAUUCAUUCCGUGGUAUCCAUCAAUUGAUCACACUGGUGGAUCCCCUUUCCCAGUCUCGAAUGGUUCGAAGUCUUGUAGACAUCUAUCGUCACGAAGGUUAUCUCCCUGACUGUCGGAUGUCUUUUUGUAAAGGUUUGACGCAGGGAGGGUCUAAUGCCGAUGUUCUCAUUGCCGAGGCCUAUCUCAAGGGCAUUCCCGACGUGGAUUGGGACACUGCCUACAGGGCUGUGGUGAAGGAUGCUGAAGUCGAGCCUGAGAACUUUAAUGUGGAAGGUCGUGGCAGCCUUCAGAGCUGGAAGUCACUUGGAUAUAUCCCUAUCCAUGAUUCCAACACCACUGCCAAGGGACUUCGCACUCGCAGUAUAUCAAGAACCGUUGAAUAUGCAUAUGAUGACUUCUGUAUUGCACAGAUGGCAAAGUCCAUGGGCCAUGAUGGCGACUAUAAAAAGUAUAUGAAGCGUGCCACCAACUGGGAAAAUGUUUUCAAGCCUAACCAGACAUCUUCUUGGCGUGGUUCUAAUUUCACCGGAUUUCUUCAGCCCCGAAAUGCGGAUGGUACUUGGGCAUAUCAGGAUCCGAUGUUCUGCGGCCCAUACCUGCAACCCGAUGCGUGCCUUAUGGAUGAGAAUGCGAAGGAGACUUAUGAGGGCAGCUCUUGGCUUUAUACAUUCUACGUCCCUCAGGAUAUGGCCAAGUUGAUUAGGGCUCUCGGUGGGAGGUCCAAGUUCAUUGAUCGUCUGUCAUUCUUCCACGAUUCGGGUCUCCUUAAUAUGGGAAAUGAGCAAGCUUUCUUACCAGUUUUCCAAUUCCACUACGCUGGACGACCCGCCCUGUCCACGGAACGCGCACACUCAUAUAUCCCACGUCUAUUUAAUACAAGUGUUGGAGGCCUACCGGGAAAUGAUGACAGCGGAGCAAUGGGCGCCUUUGCCGUGUUCAGUAUGCUUGGUCUAUAUCCUGUGCACGGCCAGGACGUAUAUCUUAUCUCUGCGCCAUUUUUCAAGGAAGCAAGUAUCCGAAAUAGGAUCACAGGUAACGUUGCAACGAUUCGAAACAUCAAUUUUGAUCCGCUGUAUAAGUCUAUCUAUAUACAAAAUGUGACCCGGGACGGCAAACCGUGGACAAGGAAUUGGAUUGGCCAUGACUUUUUCAUCGAAGGCGGAACCCUUGAAAUUACAUUGGGCGAUAAGGAGAGCAACUGGGGCACAAGGAUCGAGGACCUACCCCCUAGUAUGAGCGAAUAUAGAUGGUGA